UUUUUUAAUUAACCUUUAUACCAUGUCUGAUUACGACGACGACGUUGCCAACGACGAUAUCGGAUACGAGCCCAAUGAUGACUACGAAACUACCUUUGAGGAAACUGAGACUGGAUUAGAGGAAACUCGCGUCGAUGUUCUAGAUGACCUUAUGGCUGGUAAUGAGACCGCUGAUUUGACGGAAUCAAAGGAGAGAGUCACCACACCCUAUAUGACAAAGUAUGAGCGAGCACGAGUGCUAGGAACGAGAGCCUUGCAAAUCAGUCUUAAUGCCCCCGUCAUGAUCGAGCUUAACGGUGAAUCAGACCCUUUGGUCAUUGCAAUGAAGGAGCUUAGAGAGAAGAAAAUUCCUUUGAUUGUCAGACGUUUCUUGCCCGAUAACAGCUACGAAGACUGGCAUGUCAAGGAUUUGAUCGUUGAAUAGACAUCUCCCCUAAACUUACAUUUCCCUAUUACGUCCUCGUUUAUUCUACAUGUCUAAGAGCUGUAUAUAAAAAAAAUU